AGGGAGGGAAGGAAGCAAGAGAGAGGCUGGCGGGGAGGCAGGCUGGUGCGGGGGUCGGGGACUCAGGCAGUAGAGGGAGGCAAGAGCCCGGCAGCUGCUUCGCGCUGUUUGCUGCGCGGGCUUCUGGAGGGGGUGGCCAUUGGGUCUGCUGAAGAAAAGCAGCACCGGCAGCAUUGGUCCUGGUGCCUGGGGGCGGGGGACUGGGGAGGCGAGAAGGGGGGUCGCUGCGGUGCUUCUCUCGCUGUCGCUCUCUCCUUGCCUCUCCCGGCUCGGUGGGCUCCUCCCGGCGUCUCUCUCGCCUCCCGGGGCCCCGCUCCCCGCCCCCCGCGGUAUGUCUUGAUACCGAGCAGAGGGUUUCAUGGGGCUCCUCAGGAUUAUGAUGCCGCCCAAGUUGCAGCUGCUGGCGGUGGUGGCCUUCGCAGUGGCGAUGCUCUUCUUGGAGAACCAGAUUCAGAAACUGGAGGAGUCCCGGCUGAAGCUAGAAAGGGCUAUUGCCAGACAUGAAGUACGAGAAAUUGAACAGCGACAUACAAUGGAUGGCCCUCGGCAAGAUGUAGCUUUAGAUGAAGAAGAGGAUAUGGUGAUCAUUUAUAACAGAGUCCCCAAAACUGCAAGCACCUCUUUCACCAAUAUCGCCUAUGACCUAUGUGCGAAGAAUAAAUACCAUGUUCUUCACAUCAACACUACCAAAAAUAAUCCAGUGAUGUCACUACAAGAUCAGGUACGCUUUGUAAAGAACAUAACUUCCUGGAAAGAGAUGAAGCCAGGAUUUUAUCAUGGACAUGUUUCUUAUUUGGAUUUUGCAAAAUUUGGUGUGAAGAAGAAGCCAAUUUACAUUAAUGUCAUAAGGGACCCUAUUGAAAGACUAGUUUCUUAUUAUUACUUUUUAAGAUUUGGAGAUGAUUAUAGACCAGGGUUACGGAGACGAAAACAAGGAGACAAAAAGACCUUUGAUGAAUGUGUGGCUGAGGGAGGCUCCGACUGUGCUCCAGAGAAGCUCUGGCUUCAAAUCCCAUUCUUCUGUGGCCACAGCUCAGAAUGCUGGAAUGUGGGAAGCAGGUGGGCCAUGGAUCAAGCCAAAUAUAACCUAGUUAACGAAUACUUUCUGGUGGGAGUUACUGAAGAACUUGAAGAUUUUAUCAUGUUGUUGGAGGCAGCUUUGCCCCGCUUCUUCAGGGGCGCUACAGACCUCUAUCGUACAGGAAAGAAAUCUCAUCUUAGAAAAACAACAGAGAAGAAACUACCCACUAAACAAACGAUUGCAAAACUGCAACAGUCUGACAUUUGGAAAAUGGAGAACGAGUUCUAUGAAUUUGCACUAGAGCAGUUUCAGUUUAUCAGAGCCCAUGCCGUUCGAGAAAAAGAUGGAGACCUCUACAUCCUUGCACAAAAUUUUUUCUAUGAAAAGAUUUACCCUAAAUCGAACUGAAUACAAAGUGUGGCAAAUCGAUUCUUGAACAAAACCUUUGACCCUGUGUAAGCUCCACAGCCGGGAUUGCUUUUAGGUGUGUAAGAAAAUUUGUAUUGACCCGGGUUAGAAACCAGACAGUUUUGUCAAGGAAAUGGAUACUGGCUAAUAUGUCAGUGUUUUAAGAAGCUUCAGUUUCAGGAUUUGUUUUGUUUUUGGUUUUCUUUUCUUGUUAAAUUUUGAUGGGUGUUUUAACCUCCCAACUGGGCGGGGGGGGAUUAAAAAACCCCUGCACUUCACCUGAAAAAUAAACAUAUAUAGCAAGUCUAAUCAAAAGGCUAAAUACAGUUUCAGAAAUGUUUCUGAGACUAUGUUUUUAUAAGCAUUUUUUCAAUUAAUAAAUGAAGAUGACUUCAUUUGCUACUUCCACCUGCAUCGGGAGGUCUGGAUCAAACGCCUCUACCGAGUAGUGUUAACGACUGGUGGCUUUGCGUGGUUUGUUUCUGUGAAUCAUGUCCCAUGAAAUUUAUUGGAAUGUUCAGUCCUGUUUUCUAAGAAAUGUUCCUGCUGUAGUUGGGUUUGUCCAUAUUUAUGUAGAUUGUUUUAAUCUUUUAAGUGGUCAUUAGUAUUAAAAACCAAUUUAAACAUUACUACUAAUACUGUAAAAAGAGAGUCAAAGCAGUAUUUCUCAUUCCUAUCUUCCCAAUAUCUAAGAUAGGGAAGACCCUUCAAAGAAUGUUGGCAUUGCCUGAUUUUAGUUAAAACUUCCAGACAUUGAUAU